CUUAAACUAUUGUACCUUGAGAGUGUGUUUGAACGUGAUCGAAUUGAAGGCGGUCUUGGCUUAACUUAUUGAUCGUGGCGUGAUGCGUGAUAAAUGGCGAAAAAAGAGGAUGAGGAGACUGAAGCGGAAACGAAGGAAAAUGAGGGAAAGGAGCAAGUGAUGUAACCGUUGUGAGGCCCUUGUACCUUUGUGGGAGAUUAAAUAAAUUCUUUCCACAUUGAUGUCUUCUGUUAUUUUAAUGUGGGCAUUAGACAUGUUAUUGAAUGAGUGUUUAUUAGUUAGGAAACUAAGUUUUGAUUAUGACAUCUGCAAGAAAGUCAUAUCCCGUCAUUUGUUCUGUAGGCUAGUGAACCGGAUGACGUUGAAUUUGUUGAUGGAGAUGUGGAUUGGAUUGAAGAUGAGAAUCAGUCUGUGAACAACUCGGAUGAUGAAUCGAUUAACGAGGCUGAAGCGGUGGACAGUAGUAUGGAUGUUGUACAGUAUUUUUCACCUACUCAAGACGAUACAUUCAAAUUGCUCUCAGGCCAUAAAGAAAGCGUCUUCUGUUUAGAUUUUGAUAGUACUGGUAAAUUUCUUGCAUCCGGUGGACAAGAUCAUAUUGCUAUAAUAUGGAAUGCAACAACUGGUGAAAUUGAAUUCAUUUGUCAAGGUCAUGAUGAUUCUGUGAAUUGUGUUAGUUUCAGUCCAAAUGGUGAUUAUUUAUGUACUGGUGAUAUGGCUGGAAAUAUUCGUAUUUGGUUAAGACCGUUGAUAGAAGAAAACUCGAAAGAAUGGAAAUUAUUAAGAACAGAAACUGUUAAUGAUUUAUUGUGGAUUAAAUGGUGGAUAUCACCUUCAAAUGCUGUACGAAAUAUGAAUAAUGAACUUCCAAAACCUGCUCUACUUUUAGCUGGUGAUGAACAUAGUUAUGUUAAUUACUGGGCUGUAAGUUCUAGCAUAUCAAACAAUCAGGGGAAGUGUAUAUCAAUGGCGUAUACGUAUGAUCUUGAUCAAGCUGCAUUAGAUGGAAUUAUUCUACCAAGUUUUUCUAAUACUAAAAAUCCAAAAUUAGCAGUACUUCAUCGAAAUGGUGAUCUACGUGUAUGGGAUAUAAAAUCACUGACAUUAAUUGGUUCUAUUAAAUUAUUCGAUAAAUAUUCUUCUUUAUCUAAUCAAUGCGGUCAACAUUUAGAAGUAUAUCAAAUGAUUUCAUUACAAUCAUUGAAAACUCAAUCUAAUACAAAUGAUAACUUGAAUCAUGAUUUAUUAUUAAUUACUGGAAAUGGAUUUAUAUGUCCUAUCUCUAUUAAAUUUGAUGGGGAAUUACAUUUUAAGGUUUUAGAUAUCAUUAAAACAGGUGAUGAUGGAUCCGUUGAAGCAUUAAACUGUUCUUGGACACAUCCAUUAUUUGCUUUUGGCUCUAUCACUGGUGUACUUGGAAUUUGUGAUGCUCAUACUAUUCGUGUUCGUCAAAAAUGGACGUAUAUAGAUGAAGAUGACGCGCAACCUAUCGGUAUUACAUCAUUAUGUUGGAGUCGAUAUAAACCUAUAUUUUUCACAGCUACCACUAAAGGUUCCAUAGUUGCAUGGUGUGGUAUUACUGGAUUAACAGGAAAAUCUUCAUCUGGUUUAUUAACAGAAAAAACCCCUUUAAAAAUAUGGUGGGGUCAUAAAGCAAUGAUUCUUUAUUUAACUCUACCACCAUUUUGUAAAUCUAUAGACGAUAAUAAUAAUAAUGAUAAAAUUGAACCAUUCUUGUGUACAGCAUCAGAUGAUACAACUAUUCGAUACUUUGCUAUUGAUAUUUCAUCAUAAUUCUAUGCUCUAUUUAUCUUUUGUUUCUUGUUUCCUUUUUGUUUCUGUCAUAAAGAAAUUCUGUUUGGAAAAGAAACUUAUAUAUAUUUUGAUAUGGU